AUGAGGACAUAUGAGCGUGAUGCUGAUGGUGACCGACUUCUGGGAGUGAAAAAAUUUGGUGCAGGCCCAAAGCUUGUGCGGUCGCCACAAGACUAUUGUGGGGGCUUGAUUCAAGACAGCAUACACACAAAGCUUGAAGUCGACGUGGCGCGGGGGUGGACUGAUCAUCUACCAUGGAGUCAUGUUGAAGCUGGAGCUAGAGUCUGGAAGACUUCACUCAGAGCUGGAUUGAGGGGCUACGGUGUGUGUGACAGACUAACAGCUGUGCUUGCUGUCUCCAAUGUUCAGGUGGAAACUGCAGAAUCAUAUUUGCAGACUGUGGAAAAAGCUGGGAUCGUGAUUGAUAUGCAGGAGCGCAGAGCAAAAAUCUUGGAUGACUCUAGUACAUUGGCUAAAGGAGUUGAUGGGGAUUUCAUUGCACCUGAUAGCUUGCUGCAGGAGGUUGUCAAUCUUGUGGAGGCGCCUGUGCCCAUUCUUGGACGAUAUGAUGAUUCCUUCCUAGAACUUCCGAAAGAUGUGUUAACAACGGUUAUGCAGAAACACCAGAGGUAUUUUCCUGUAACCUCCAAGUCUACAGGCGAUCUGCUACCAUAUUUUAUUACCGUUGCUAAUGGUUCUAUUAGUGAAGAAGUGGUCCGUAAAGGCAAUGAAGCUGUACUCAGGGCAAGGUAUGAGGAUGCCAAGUUCUUUUAUAAGAUGGAUACACAAAAGAAUUUGUCUGAAUUCCGAGGCCUGCUGAAGAGCAUUCUCUUUCAUGAAAAACUUGGUACAAUGCUCGACAAAAUGGCGCGUGUUGAAAAUGUUGUCGCGGAGUUGACCCUUGUUCUCGGGAUAAACGAGGGGAUGAUCCCACUUGUCAAAGAUGCAGCUGCAUUGGCUAUGUCAGAUCUUGCCACUUCCAUUGUUAUGGAAUUUACUUCACUUGCUGGAAUUAUGGCACGCCAUUAUGCUUUAAGGGAUGGUCUUCCGGGAGAGGUACAUUUGUUGCCAACUCUUAAGAGGGAAAGUUAAGCUGGUCCUCAACUU